AUGGCCGGAGUUAACAAGAUCACAACUGGCCUUACAGGCCUUGCUGUGUCCAAGCAUCCACAUCAGUCGUUGGGAGUGUUGUAUUCAACAAUUUUGGGAGUUUUACAGAAAAUGCCUAAAAGUAAAAUCAACUGUGGACAGAUUCAAGAAGUUAUCAAGCAGGCUGAAAGGGAGUUAUCCUUGGCUCGUAAAAUGCUGCUCUGGAAACCAUGGGAACCUCUUGUUGGUCAAGCUCCACCAAACUAA